UUCCACAGGCGGAGUGGUGCAGAGAGAGGAGGGAGAGUACUGCGGCAGCUGGCGGUGUAGCGGAGGGAGACUAAAUCCCAAAAACCCUAUGCGGUGCGGCUCCUUAGUUUGCCGGCUUCACUGCGAAUGUCACAGACCAGCGAAAGAGAUCUACAUCCUCGCUGGAUGUACUGCCUGUGACUAUAAUAUUAACAAAACACAAUAGUUUUUAAAUAUAACCUCCUGAAGGUUUUGAAUGGGAAAAGGUAUAGUCUUUUUAAUAUUUCAUCGCCUGUAGUUCUCACAGACGAAAUUUAAGACAAUCAACUUAUUUAUUUUUAUAUCAUAACUAGAUAACCAGCGUCCAAGUUCGCCCACAAGUUGUCGCUGAGUGAAAAUAGCGUCGCAAAGCCAUCAGAAGGCAGUAGCAGUCUUCAUUAUCGUUGUAACAUUUUAAAUUCUGCUAAAAAAUUCAACCUCAAGCGACCGGCACAUCUCAAGCGUCUCGUCACCUGAAGGGAACCGACCGACUGCGCCAACAUGGGGUAUGGACGAUCAGACAGCUACCGCGUGGCCACCACGCAAGACAAGGAUGACAAGGACUCUCCAAAGAAGAAGACCAGGACCAAAGAUCUCGAUGAUCUGAAGAAAGAAGUCCCAUUGACGGAACACAAGAUGUCUGUGGAAGAAGUUUGCCGGAAAUUCAACACUGACAUCGUCCAGGGUCUGACCAACGCCAAGGCCGCAGAGUUCCUGAUCCGGGACGGGCCCAACGCCCUCACCCCACCUCCCACCACGCCGGAGUGGGUCAAGUUCUGCCGCCAGCUCUUCGGAGGCUUCUCCAUCCUGCUGUGGACCGGAGCCAUCCUCUGCUUCCUGGCCUAUGCCAUCCAGGCGGCCACCGAGGACGAGCCCGCAGGGGACAAUCUAUAUCUGGGUAUUGUGCUGUCGGCUGUUGUCAUCAUCACGGGCUGCUUCUCCUACUUCCAGGAGGCCAAGAGCUCCAAAAUCAUGGAGUCCUUUAAGAACAUGGUGCCCCAGCAAGCUCUGGUGAUCCGCGAGGGUGAGAAGAUGCAGAUCAAUGCAGAGGAGGUGGUGGCCGGGGAUCUGGUGGAGGUGAAGGGCGGAGACAGGAUUCCUGCUGACCUCCGGAUCGUCUCCUCUCACGGCUGCAAGGUGGACAACUCUUCUCUGACUGGCGAAUCAGAGCCCCAGACCCGGUCACCUGACUGCACCCACGACAACCCGCUGGAGACCCGCAACAUCGCCUUUUUCUCCACCAACUGCGUGGAAGGCACGGCGCGUGGCAUCGUGGUGUGCACGGGCGACCGCACAGUCAUGGGCAGGAUCGCCACCCUGACCUCAGGGCUGGAGACGGGCAAAACCCCCAUCGCCAAGGAGAUCGAGCACUUCAUCCACCUGAUCACGGGCGUGGCCGUCUUCCUGGGCGUCACCUUCUUCAUCCUGUCCAUCGUGCUGGGCUACAGCUGGCUGGAGGCCGUCAUCUUCCUCAUCGGCAUCAUCGUGGCCAACGUGCCGGAGGGACUGCUGGCCACCGUCACCGUGUGUCUGACCCUGACGGCCAAGCGCAUGGCUCGCAAGAACUGCCUGGUCAAGAACCUGGAGGCUGUGGAGACCCUGGGCUCCACCUCCACCAUCUGCUCCGACAAGACCGGAACCCUGACCCAGAACCGCAUGACCGUGGCCCACAUGUGGUUCGACAACCAGAUCCACGAGGCCGACACCACAGAGGACCAGUCCGGUGCCUCCUUCGACAAGAGCUCCAUCACGUGGGUGUCCCUGGCGCGCGUCGCCGCCCUGUGCAACCGCGCCGUGUUCAAGGCGGGCCAGGAGAGCAUGCCCAUCCUGAAGCGCGACGUGGCGGGCGACGCCUCUGAGUCGGCCUUGCUCAAGUGCAUCGAGCUCUCCUGCGGCUCCGUCAAGGCCAUGCGGGAGAGGAACAAGAAGGUGGCCGAGAUCCCCUUCAACUCCACCAACAAGUACCAGCUCUCCGUGCAUGAAACAGAGGACCCCAACGACAACCGCUACCUGCUGGUGAUGAAGGGCGCCCCCGAGAGGAUCCUGGACCGCUGCUCCACCAUCCUGCUACAGGGCAAGGAGCAGCCCAUGGACGAGGAGCUCAAAGAGGCCUUCCAAAACGCUUACCUGGAGCUGGGCGGCCUGGGAGAGAGAGUGCUCGGCUUCUGCCACCUCCUGAUGCCUGAGGACCAGUACCCCAAGGGCUUCGCCUUCGACUGCGACGACGUCAACUUCCAGACGGACAACCUGUGCUUUGUGGGCCUGAUGUCCAUGAUCGACCCGCCCCGGGCGGCCGUGCCUGACGCCGUGGGCAAGUGCCGCUCCGCCGGCAUCAAGGUCAUCAUGGUGACCGGGGACCACCCGAUCACGGCCAAGGCCAUCGCCAAGGGCGUGGGCAUCAUCUCCGAGGGCAACGAGACCGUGGAGGACAUCGCUGCCAGGCUCAACAUCCCCGUCAGCCAGGUCAACCCCAGGGAUGCCAAGGCCUGUGUGAUCCACGGCACGGACCUGAAGGACCUCUCCCAGGAGCAGAUAGACGAGAUUUUGAGGAACCACACUGAGAUCGUCUUUGCCAGGACCUCCCCCCAGCAGAAGCUCAUCAUUGUGGAGGGCUGCCAGAGACAGGGAGCAAUCGUGGCCGUGACAGGUGACGGUGUUAACGACUCGCCCGCUCUGAAGAAGGCCGACAUCGGCGUGGCCAUGGGCAUAUCCGGCUCCGACGUCUCCAAACAGGCCGCCGACAUGAUCCUGCUGGACGACAACUUCGCCUCCAUAGUCACUGGCGUGGAAGAGGGUCGCCUGAUCUUCGACAACCUGAAGAAGUCCAUCGCCUACACCCUGACCAGCAACAUCCCCGAGAUCACACCCUUCCUCCUCUUCAUCAUCGUCAACAUCCCGCUGCCCCUGGGUACCAUCACCAUCCUAUGUAUCGACUUGGGCACCGACAUGGUUCCUGCCAUCUCCCUGGCCUAUGAAGCAGCCGAGAGCGACAUCAUGAAGAGGCAGCCCAGGAACCCUCGCGUGGACAAGCUGGUGAACGAGAGGCUGAUCAGCAUCGCCUACGGGCAGAUCGGUAUGAUCCAGGCUCUGGGGGGCUUCUUCAGCUACUUUGUGAUCCUGGCAGAGAACGGCUUCCUGCCCUCGGUGCUGGUGGGCAUCCGCCUCCGAUGGGACGACCGCACCGUGAAUGACCUGGAGGACAGCUACGGCCAGCAGUGGACCUAUGAGCAGAGGAAGAUAGUGGAGUUCACCUGUCACACCGCCUUCUUCGUCAGUAUUGUAGUGGUGCAGUGGGCCGAUGUCAUCAUCUGCAAGACCAGACGCAACUCUGUCUUCCAGCAGGGCAUGAAGAAUAAAAUCCUGAUCUUUGGGCUGUUUGAGGAGACAGCCCUGGCUGCCUUCCUGUCUUACUGCCCAGGCAUGGAUGUGGCACUCAGGAUGUACCCCUUAAAGCCCAGCUGGUGGUUCUGCGCAUUCCCCUACAGUUUCCUCAUCUUUGUGUAUGACGAAAUCCGAAAACUCCUCCUGCGCAGAAACCCCGGAGGUUGGGUGGAAAAGGAGACAUACUAUUGAUCGAUGAUAUACUUCUAUACUCACUCCUCCAUUCUCCAUUUCUUCUGCUUCUCCCCACCCCUCUCAAUACUCACCACCAAUUGCCCCCCAUAGAAAAACAAUAGGACAAAAAGCAAAUGUUACAACGACCCCCCCCCCCCCCCCCCCAUCC